UAGUGUGAGGAAAGCAAGAUUUGACUCCCAAGAUUUACCUACUUGGAAAGAUAAAGAUACAAAUAACUGUAGUAUAAGAUAGUAUACACUAGGUGAUUGAAUCAGAAAUCUGAGCGUUCAAAGAAGGUAAUGACCCUGAGUCUUUGUUUUGUGAUGUGGAUCAAUUUGGUUAUGGAUUGGAAAAGAGUUUAUAGGUUUGGCUGGAAACAUCCAUAGCUUAUUUUAAUGAUACUGGCAGGCAUCUUAAGAUUAAUGCCACCCUUUUGGUUCUGUGAGCCACACUGGAUGCUGUGUCCUCUAUGUACCCCCAGGACUCAAAAGAGCUCUUAAGAGGAGAGGUCUGGUAGCAGAAUGUGAACAAUGAAACCUCAGGUAAGAAGGUAGAAGAUUGGUUUUGCUCCCUGUCUUAGGUCUCUUUGGGUUGCAAACUGCAGAAACCCCGCUCAAACUAGUAGAAGGGGGAUUCAUUUUGAGGAUGCUUGGUUAGGUCACGGAACCCAAGGAAAAAGACUGCGGUGUGCUUGUAAACUGGAACUGGGGACAGAACAAAAAAAAUCAGGACCCUCUCUUAACCCCUUGCCUUUACUUCUGUUUGGACUUAUGUUUUAUAUUUCCCUGUCACUGCUGACUGGCUUUUUCUGCUCUCAGAUGGCAUGACAAAAUGUGACUGUCAAGGGCUCCCAGGUUUUCAUGCCCUCAAGGGGAGCCUCAUGAGAGGCUGACCUCUUUUUCUUGGUUCCACUUCCAGAAUGCCAGGGGAAGGACUAAUUGGUUCAGAUGCCAGUCAGCUUUGGCCAGGAAAUAGAGACCGUUUUUAGUAAUGUGUGGUUGUGAAUAAAGAUAUUGCCUUGAAAAGUGUGAAGUGUUGGCAGAACUCCAGAGACAGAACAGUAGAUGCUUCUUGUUGCCUGCCACUCACCUUGAAAUACGACUACUAAGAAAAUCACUCUAUAAAGAGUGGUAGGCCUGUCCUGGCCAUAGUUCAUGUCUCAGACUGCUCUUCAUUGUGCUCCUUGGCAAUGGCUGAGUGGGCAAGAGGUGGAAACGUGAUCUAAGGUCAUUAGCCUCUCAAUGGCUAACAACCACAAAGGUCUUGAGAAUUCUAAGUAGGAGACACAGAGACCAUGGCCACUUAAUUGUGGGUGUUAGAGCAAUAAACUCAGGAGGGCUGGGAGUUAAAGACCUUAUUGAACCUUGUCUGUACAGAGGAGAAUGUUCCGAGAACAUUCCUCUGAGAACUCAGUACAUUCUCUUGGGGGAUGAAGAGGUGCAAGACCCAUGUAGCCCUUGGUGGCUUGGUUCCAGCACCAUUCUCAUUUGUGGUCACCUCCAGGCACAUGUCAGAUGGCCUGCGUACACAGAAAUUAUCAAUGUAAUCUUGCUGUUGGCCAUUCUAAAUGUCCAAGAUGGUAUAUCCAGGUUCUCUAUCAAGAUACGUUGCUCUAUCUUGAUCUCAAGAGCAAGAGAUAAAGAUGUAUGGCACCAUCAUUAUCCUUCAGUAUCCAGCAGGAUACACAAGUCUAUUCAUGAAAAAAAAAAAAAAAUCUGAUUGGUAGUGGAUCACCAUCAUAAUUGGAGUCCAGAAGAUAGUGCCAAAUGUGACUUAUCCUACUGGUUUGUAUGGAUUAUAUUACAUAGAGUCAGCCUUGGAUGAGUACUAUUGGGUCCCUUUACCCUCUUUCUUUUUCUAGUCUUUUGCCCUCCCUACUGGAUACCGACUACAUUUUUAACAGUCUUUGUAAUAAAACCCUGAGAGAAUGUUAUUCUGGCAUUCCCUGUGGACAGGGAAGUUUGGGGAGAUCGUUGUUCCCAGCUCUACUCCUGGAAGGAUUUUUCAGAUCCUCUGAAUAAAGCUUCUGUUAGCUCUGCCAACUCUGACCUGGGCCUUUUCCAAGAGGACAUAGUAGAGGAGAGAAUGGCAGCUGUACCUCUAACAGCCAGAUGGCAGAAGUCACUCAAGUUUAAGGAUGUGGCUGUGAAGUUCUCAAAGGAUGAGUGGAAGCAGCUGGUCCCUACUCAGAGGGCUCUUUACAGGGAGGUGAUGCUGGAGAAUUAUCAGGGUUUUGUUUCUUUGGGACUUCUAGUUCCUAAACCUGAUGUGAUUUUCCAGUUGAAAAGAGGUGAAGAGCCAUGGACACUUGAUUUUCAGGAAGAUGAAGAAAGAGAAGCCCCAGGAAGUACUUAUUUAGACCAGAAUGCUAGACUUGAGAGCUGGGACUCAACUAAAAGCCAGGAUAUUUCUCAAAAAGGAAAGUUGCAAAAGACACUAAUGGAAAAACUCAGAAAAGAUGGUCCUCUGGGUCCUGCACUUGGCUCAGAAAACCUCAGGAGCACGAAGAAAGAACAUCUAUCGGUGGAGAUUUUGAAGAAAUCCUCCCCCAAGGAGAAGGACUCCAGGCAAAGAUCCACUCCUGCCAAGAAAACCAACAGUAAGGGGAGAAACCUUGAAUGCAGCAUAUGUGGGAAGACCUUAUAUAACCACUUAUCCCUCACUCGCCAUCAAAGGACUCACACCGGAGAGAAGCCCUACAACUGUAAAGAAUGCGGGAAAGCCUUCAGCUAUAGAAGUAGUCUUAAGAAACAUCUGAUGUCUCACACUGGGAAGAGCCCCUUUGAAUGCAACGAAUGUGGGAAAACUUUCUAUGACCGAUUAACCCUUACUGAACACCAGCGAACUCAUACCGGAGAGAAGCCCUUUAAAUGUAACGAAUGUGGCAAGGCUUUCUUUGUCCGCUCAUCUUUUACUCGCCAUCGGAGAAUUCAUACUGGAGAAAGUCCUUAUGAGUGCACAGAAUGUGGGAAAUCCUUUAGCCAGAAGAGCAUCCUCGCUCGCCACAAGCUCACUCACACUGGAGAGCGGCCUUAUGAAUGCAAGGGCUGUGGCAAAGCCCUGUUUGACCGCUCCUCCCUCAUUCGCCACCGGAGAGCACACACUGGAGAGACCCCUUUUGAAUGUAAUGAGUGUGGGAAAGUUUUCUUUGACCGCUCGUCCCUUAAUCAGCAUCAGAAAAUUCAUAGCGGAGACAAGCCCUAUGAGUGCACUGAAUGUGGGAAAGCCUUCCUUCAGAAAAGACGACUUACUCAGCAUCAGAGAGUGCACACUGGAGAAAAGCCCUACGAGUGCAGCGUGUGCGGGAAGGUGUUCAGUUGUAAGUCAUCUAUCAUCCAACAUCAGCGACGUUAUGCCAGGCAGCCGUCAGAAUGUCACAGAGGUGCUCCAGCCCGGCAGGGGGCCCCCACAGAGACUUAAGAUGCUUUUAUGCAAGAUAAUGAAGAUUUGUGUUUGAGCACCUUCUAACUACCGCAUAUUCUCAUGUCUCCAUUUGGUACUAGAGGCUCAAUAAAUAGUCUUAAUGGACCGUGCCAUAGACUUCCACUGGGAUGCCUCAUACUUAAUAUAAUACCCCGAGGAUCCCCAAAUUGGUCAGAAGCUCUCCAAUCAAUAUGUUUUGUAAGUGUUUGAAGGGGACCCAGAGAUAAGCAUUGUAUGUUUGUAUUUAUUUAUUUAUUUAUUUAUGUAUUUAUGUAUAAUUAAUUAAUUUUUUUAAUUUCUAGACCACUCCAUAAGAACAGGAACUAUUUCAUACCUGUGAGCUGCUGUGUCCUCAGUGUGAUGCCUGCCACUUAUUAUAUAUUUUCUCAAUGAAUGAAUACCUGUCUAGUCAUGAGAACUUGAGUCCUCAAUCAAAAGCACUUUCCAGAACUAGAGACUUCAGUAAGAAAAUUAACAUGAAGCUAAUACAUCUGUAGGACUGUAAAUACCUUCAUGAUAAUUGUGCUAUUAGCUCUUAAUCUACUGUUCUUUGAGGUUCCUGGAGUCCUGGUUUGGGUAUGCCCUGUUCUUCACUAGGGACAUCAUCCAGCAUCAGUUGGCUCUUCUGAACUUUGGUUCUUCUGCCCUCUAACCUGACCCUGAACUUUGGCUCUUCUGCCCUCUAACCUGACCUUUGGUCUCUAGUAGACUAACCCAUCACCCUUGUUUCCAGGUUAGCAGUUGUGUUUUUGUGUUACAUGUGUUUAGUCUCAUUGCUAACUAAAAUUCCUUAGUGUAGCUCUGCAUUCCAUCCAUAUUUUGACAUAACACCUUCCCUUUCUCACAAUGUAUUCGUGUAUAAAUGCUGAAGGGAAAGAAUAUUUAUGCCGAAAGUUCUCAGUCCAGUUGCAAGCCAGCUACAGCCAUGGCAGCUGGGUGGGGUUCCAGGCUGAAGAAGUCAGCCACAGUGAACCAGGAGAUGGCGCUAUGUCUAAUCUCAAAGAAUAUCACAAAGCAAAGUUAACUCCAGGCCUAGGUCAUCCAUGAGCAGUCCUCCUUUAGUACCAAACAGCAGACAUGAGGCUGUAGCUGAGAGCCGGGCCACCGGGUCUAUGAGACAUGAUGUCCUUCUUGCCCUCAACAUCAGUAUCUGUGAAACCAAAAUGCAGACUGUCCUAUCCACGCCUACACAGUGGAGGCAGAGAUUGACUUCCUCACACCUACAUCCUGGGAAUUCCUGCUUAGUAAUAAAGCAGUAAUUCCCUGGAGCAGCUGAGAGAACAUGAACACCAAGAUGAGGACAGGUUCCUCGUGUCUAGGUGUGUUUUUUAAAAAGCACAGUUCUUUCCUUUUCUUUUCUUUUCUUUUUUCUUUUUAAAAAUUUUUUCAAUGUUUUCAUUUUAUUAAAAAAAAAAUUUUUUUUAAGGUUUAUUUAUUUUUGACAGAGAGAGAGAGAGAGAGAAAGAGCAUGAGCGGAGGAGGGGCAGAGAGAGAGGGAGACACAGAAUCCGAAGCAGGCUCCAGGCUCUGAGCUGUCAGCACAGAGCCCGAUGCAGGGCUCGAACUCACAGACCGUGAGGUCAUGACCUGAGCCAAAGUUGGACACUCAACCGACUGAGCCACACAGGCGCCCCUCAUUUUAUUUUUUAGAGAGACAGAAUGCAAGCGGGGGCA